ACCAUUGACACAUGUUUACAUUUCACUCAGCCCCAACAUAAACAAAACCACUCUCUCGUACCGAUCUUUCCCGUAUCACCAUGGAAACCGAUCGCACAACCGGCAGCACUCCUGGAUCCAUCGAAUCGCCGCCUCAGCUUCCGCCACCAGAACCCCACCAUCACCACGACCACACCAGCGCCUGCGUCAACUGCGGCGGCCCUACUUCCUUCCCACCACCACCAACAUGGUCCGAAACCUCUCCUCCGCCGGUCUACCGCCCCAUUCGCGCUCCCGCAAUCAACCUCCCUCCCAACAACAACGCGCAACAGACCAUUAUACUGACACCAGUUCCUCAAGCCCAAAAGGUCUCCGUCGUCUCUCCACCCUACCACUUCCAAACCCCGACCAAAAUUAUUCACUCCGAAGACGAUAUCCGCCGUUUCCGUGACUCUGCUACUUCCAAAAACUACCUCGGCUUCGUCGUCGCUCUCUCAGAAUCCAUCCGCGGCCACAAGAUCUCUGAUCCAUGUCACAUGUCUCCCACAAUCACCUCCAUCAUCUCCAUCCUUCAAACCCUACUUCAAUUUGUAGAUGAAAUUCCUCCUCUCCAACAGUCUGCUCGAUACGGUAACCUCGCGUAUCGGGAUUGGCACAGCCGUAUGACUGAAAAUGCGGAUUCCUUAACGCUCCAAUUCCUCCCCGCCGAUCUCAAUUCCGCCACCGUGGAGAUAACCCCUUACUUUACCGAUAGUUUUGGGAAUGCGAGCCGAAUAGACUACGGAACUGGACACGAGACUAAUUUUGCUGCCUGGUUGUAUUGUCUUGCGAGAUUGGGAAUCAUCAAGGAAGAGGAUUACCCAGCUGUUGUUUCUAGGGUUUUCGUGAAGUACCUUGAACUCAUGCGAACCUUGCAGCUGGUUUACUCUUUGGAGCCUGCUGGUUCACAUGGGGUGUGGGGGCUUGAUGACUACCACUUCUUGCCUUUCAUUUUUGGGUCUUCGCAGUUGAUUGAUCACAAGUAUAUGAAGCCCAAAUCAAUCCAUAAUGGUGAUAUACUCGAUAAUUUUUCCAAGGAGUACAUGUAUCUAUCUUGUAUUGCCUUUGUAAAGAAGGUUAAAAAGGGGCCAUUUGCAGAGCACUCGCCAUUGUUGGAUGAUAUUAGUGGGGUGCCGAAUUGGAAGAAGGUGAACAGUGGAUUGCUUAAGAUGUAUAAAGUGGAGGUCAUGGAGAAAGUUCCCAUUAUGCAGCAUUUCCUCUUUGGUUGGCUCAUCAACUGGGAGUAAAUUUAGAGGGAGGGAGCAGUUUUGAGUAUUGAGUUUUGAAGCAAACAUGUUGAACUUCAGGUUUAGACACUACACUUAUUUAAAAGAUGACUUUUUAUAUUUUGCUUAACAUGAUCAUGAUGAUGUAUUUGAUUGCUAUGCCAAUAUUUACUUACUUAA